AUGGUGCAGGAGGGCCCGGUGAAUGUGUGCUUCAACGCUCAAAGCUACGGUGUUGAUGUGGCCUUUGAUCCUCAGACCCAGGAGCAGCGUUUGUCCUUCCGCUUUGCAGUGAGUGUGUCAUUGCCGCAGCUACUUCAGCAAUUGAUUGAGAUUCAGAAGCAAGAUGGUGCAGUCUUGCCAAUGAUGGCUCCAACAUCACAAAGGAGGACUCCGGGAAGCUCCCGUGCUGAGACUCCACCAACGGCAGCCCCGGCGUACCUGACACCAACACUCCAAGCACCCUUGAGCGGAACUGGCAGUCAGGCGAAAGAACGAAAAGAGAUGACUUCCUUUGAGAGGCAAAGCAGCGCAGCCUCCGAAGGGCGAGGGCAGUUCGCCAUCGACGUGCAACUCUUGGAGUGCGUGCAACGGCACGAAACGGUGAAGGCGAGAGAUCUUAUCGCCGAAACGGAGUUGAGAAUCGAGCGAUGA